AUGGGAAAUAUUCUAAAAAAUUAAAAAGAAAUAUCAAAGAAUUUGGAUUAAAGUAAUUCAAUUAUUAUUAUGAAUUUAAGUUAUUUAAAGUUAAGUGAUGGACACUCCUAAUAUUUUGAUUAAGCAAUCUAAAUCAGGGAAUGUUGAUAUCAUUAAGCUAAAUUUGCAAAUAAUUAAUGCAGAAAUUGUAUAUGAUUCUGUUGAUAAAAUUCAAUUGGAUUUAACAUUCAGUAGCCAUGUGAAUUUCUAAAUUUUAGUAUAUACAUUUGUUACUGAAACCAAAGGAGCUAAACAACAAAGGUUCAUACUUUUAAAUUAUGAGUUUUUAGAUAUGAAAAAAGCAUGCCAGAGAGUACUACUCAAUCAUUUAAAUGUCCAUCAGGAUUGAACUACUAGUUCCCCUCAAAAUACAUAGAGUUCAUGAUUAUUGACCUUCUAAGAUUUAAAAAAAUGAGAGUUAAUCCAGAUGCAUAGUAUCACACUUUAAUAAUAGAAAUGGUAAGUUUAUAUUUAUGAAUAUAAAGAAAGGCCUCAAUUCAAAAGGUUUCCAGAUAAUUUACUUUUAUAGAAUUGAUUGUAACGAAUAAUCAUAUCAAUGUGAAUUGAUAAAUACCAAAUAAAUUAUCAUAUACAAGAAUCGAUUUUUUGAAAUACAUGAACUAUAUGGUGUUCAAAAUACUCCAUUUAAUCCUGAAUGGAAUCCAAAUACAAUAGAGGAUAAAGAAUGUGUAAUUUGUUUUUGUAAUAUGAUUAAUACUGUACUCUUGCCUUGUAAACAUAUGUGUACAUGUUCUACUUGUGCUGAUCAUAUUUUAAUGAGUUAAAAAGUUAAAUAAUGUCCUCUAUGUAGAAUUGAAAUUGAUAAUUAUUUAACUUUAGAAAUUAAGGAUAAAUAGAAAUAGGAUAUGUAAUUACGUAAAUUUUAAGAAGAAUAGUAAAAAUAUUUAGAUUCUAUUAAAGAAAAAAAAGAAUAAUAAGCGAUUAAACAAAGUUCAAUUAUGGAAUAAUUAAAAUCUAAAGUUCAAGAAGAAUAGUUGAAAUAACAAUAAUAAAAGAUUAAGAAUAUGAAAUAUUUCAAUGAUGUCGAUGAUUUCAAUAAAGAUAAUCAAUCAAAUCAAGACAUAUUUGGUAAUAAAAGUUUUUGUUCAUAUGAUGAAAAUUAAAGUGAUCCUGAAUACAAUUAGUUUAAUAAUUCUGUUAAAGGUAAAAUAUAGUAAUAAUUUGAUGAUGAAAAUAAUUUUAAAUUUUCUAAUAAUUAUGAUGAGGAUAGACAAAAAAGUACUGCUCAUUAAAGAAGUCCAUAUGAUAUAGGAUUCUUAAGUAGCUUUUAAUAAUAAUAGGAAAUGAAAGAUUCCAAUUAGAAUCAUAAUUAAUAAAACAUUACAAUUGAAGAUGAAAUAUGUUAAAAUUAAACACAUCUUUAGUAGUAAUAAUAAUAAUAAUAAUAGAUAUCAUCAUAAUUAUUAAAUAAAGUUGAUUAAUAUAAUCUAAAUUCUUAAUAAAAUUCUGAAAAUUAAGAUUAAUCUUCUAAUUAAUUACUUAUUUAAGAUUUUAAAUAAGAUGAGAUUUAAUUAUAAGUAAAUUAGGAUUAAAGAAAAGAGAGUUUAGAGAUCAUAAUAGAAUUUUAAUAGAAUUAAAUUUAACCAAAUUAAAAUCAAUAAAGUUCAAAUACUUAAUUAAUUAAUUUUUUAGAUGAAAGUUCAGAAAUGAAUGAAGAAUUUAAACAAGAAAACAAUAGAAAAUUCCAUUCUUAAUAAGUAUUGUAAUAAUAACCUCAAUAAUUUCAACCAAAACAAUAAUAAUAAUGGUCAAAAAACUAUAAAUAAUCUUACUAAUAUAGCUAUGACUUCGUAGAACAAGAUUUAUAAGAUGAUUUUAAUUAAUUCCAAUAGUAAACUCGAAAUUUUCCUAAAUAAAAUGAUUUUUCAUUUAAAACAAAUUAAUCUCAAAUAUCUAAUCGAUCUCAAGAAAUAUAAGAUAUAAAUUAUUAUAAAUCAGCUAGAUAAGCAAGUGAUUUGCAAAAUGAGGAUUAAAUAUUUGGAAAUUAAAAUGCAUAAUAUUUUACUCAAAGACUUGAAUAAGAAUAGGAUAUUAAGAAAUCAGCAUCACUAAUAGAUUUGCAAGAUCAAGAAGAAGAAAAGAAAGAUCCAUCUCAUUCAAAGGAAUUCAAGAGUGAUUAAGUUUCAUUGAUAGCUUUUGAUUGA